AUCGCGAUUGCGCAUCAGUUCGCCGAUGUCGCGAAGUAGCGUUGUUGACGCGUGCAAGAGGUGUAGUGUUUUGGAUGUUGUUGUCAUACGCGACGGCGGCAGGCAUGUCCAGCGCCUUUACGGUUUCCCUGUUGUUCGUCGUCGCACUGGCAGAUUUGGGCUAUUCCACGCGACGUACGUUACGAUUGAAGCUGAAUCCGGAUUGCGACGAAAGCGAUAGCUGCCGAGAGCGCAACGGGACGACGCUCCACCUGAGUGCCGAUGGACCGAACGACACGUUGCAUUACUUAUGGGAUUUCAUCGGCACCCCGUCCAUACUGCUGGCGCUUACGCCUCCGUCCACCUCGCUCAAUAUCAGCUGGGAUGAUUAUCUCGCGAGGCGAAAGAAUUCGUUAUAUUUUUCGGAGGCAUCUAUCUACUCUUUCGGCGUAAUAAUAAAUAAGCUUAUCGAAUUCAACGAUGUAAAUGACACGGGACUAAUUGACACUGCCGCUAAUACGAAUAUUUUGCAUCUCGAGUAUUUCAACUGGCAGCGCGUGUCCUUAACGCAAAACAGCGAAUACAUCUAUCUGGAAAUGGAGGGUAACAAUUAUAACGAUACAGCUAAGAAUAUCAGCAGAUAUGGGAGUAUAAAGCUUUCGCUCCGAGGAUUUUGCACUCUCGAUCACUCAAAUACAGUGCCUCAUAUGUUGCACACGGAGAAUUCUACGCAGAUAGACAUCAUCCUGGAUCACAUGCAGACCAACGAAACAUUUUCCAACAGUAGAUUUGCUAUUGAAUUGCUCGUGGUUGGUGGUGGUGAUCCUGAAAUAUUAAUGUUCGUUGAUCCAAAAAAGAGUCUGGAUGACGAACAUACACCAGGUAUAUUCGAGAUUGUCGAAGUUAGAACGCCACCCAGAGAACUGGACGGCGCGUUAAACAGCGGAGCGUAUUUGCAAUGGCGACCAGUAUCGUACAAUAGUGCGUCACGCGAUAUAACCAGUUCCACAGAAACAAUGCAAUACCCACCGAGGAAAAUAUCUAAUUAUACGAGCGCUGUUAAAAAUUCGAUGCUCUAUUGUUAUUAUGGGGAUGUGACGAAUCUUCUCCUACAAAAAUUAACGAUUUCUUUGGGUUCGAAAGGGGAUGGUUUUUACAAGAAGACGAAUUAUUUGACAUGGACUUUUAUAAUUGGCUACGGUACACCACCCGAGGAGAGAUUCUCUUCUCUAGUCAUUAUGAUUAUCUCGAUUGGCCUCGGCCUUCCUUUGCUCAUUAUGAUCAUCACCGGCCUGUAUCUUUGCAUUCGUAGAAUACCGAAGCGACAUGGCAACGUUUAUUUAAGCCAAUAAGCUCAACGCACGUGCCAUAUAGUUUUUGCGUACGUUGCGCGUUUAGGUGCAUCACUAUAUCUUGUAUGUACCACUACUGUUUUACACAAAGAGAUAUUUCUAUUUAUAUGCGACACAUAUAUAUAUAUAUAUAUAUAUAUUUUUACACGAAUUGUUAGCUCAGAUGUAUGAUAUCAGUGUGAUAAGCAUGAGUGAUAAUCUGUUCUCGCAUAACUUAUUUAGCAUUAAGCGAGACAUUAAUGUGGUUGCUUAGUUCUUUAUUUUAAUCUCUCAGGAUAAUAUGAAAGAUAUAAAUAUCGCUCGUUGACAUUCGAUGCGAACAAAUAGUAAAAAUCAACCACAUUUGUUUCUUUGAAUAUGUUAUGAGAGAACAGUGUUAAUUUGUGCAACUUGAACUUUUUUAGAUAAUUUGUAAAUUAAUGCCGUGUGUGUGUAUAUAUAUGUGUGAGUGUGUGUGUGUGUGUGUGUGUCGCGUGCGCGCGUGCAUGAUCUACGAAAUAUAUAUCUUGCAAUAAGAA